CCAUGGUCAAUGGUUACGGAAGAUAGCGAGUUUUCGAUUGAUGGUUUUCGUGCUCGCAAGUGCACGAAACCCACGGUUGGGGAUUUCCCUGCUGAUGACCGCAAGGUAUCGUACCUGCUGGAAUGUUUGGCUUGUGUGUCAGAUCCUGCUCUUUUCCUGGACAGGCCAUCUUAGCUUGAAUUUUGGAUCGUCACCGUUUCGAUUCUUCCUCCUAGCCUAGUGAUUUUGUCUGUCGAUUUCAGCAAUUCGUUGCAGGAUCAUCUGUUGCUUUUGUUAUUCAUAGUCGUGCCUCGCGUAACGUAGCUGAACGACAUGGAGGGUUUCGAUUACGAGGGUGAUGCUGGUGUUGAGCAGCAGCAGCAUGAUGCACCUGCGUCGGAUUUCCAGUCGUACAAUGGCUUAGGAGAGGAGCAUCAAGCAGCUGCUGGCGAAUAUGCCCCCCCUGCGGAGGAGAACGGCACUUUUGAGGACGGCGCGAAGCUUCCUCCCCCCUCACAGAUGGGAUCCGAGGAGUCGAUUUUGCUAAGGGAAUGGAGGAGGAAGAAGGCCAUCGAGCUGGAAGAGAAGGCUCGAGUUUCGAGAGAGAAACAUCAGCAGGUGUUGGAUGACGCGAAAGCUGAACUGGAGGCUUUCUACAAGAAGCGUGAGAUGCAAGUCACACAAGCCAAGACAAACAACAGGGACAAGGAAAAGGCAUAUGUAGACAAUCUUCUGAGCCUCAACUCUAAGCAGGGUGGGAACUACUGGGAGAGUGUUUGUGCAUUCACGAACUUCGAUGUCUCUAUUAAGAAGGAGAAGGCAAAGAAGAAGGAUGAGCCAACCCGCAUGUCGACUCAACUGAAUGACGCUAAAGCUGGCAAGCAUACCGAUCUAGCCCGCAUGCGCCAGGUCUUGUUGAAGCUGAAGCACAACCCCCCUCCAGCAUUCGCACCCGCUGCCGGUACUGCUGCUGCUCCUGCAGCUGCUUCUUCCAAGCCCAGUUCCACAUCGUCGAAGUCAGCCAAGGCAGCUGCCAAGUAGACUCCCUGGCUGUCAAGUGACUUUGCCCCAUUGUGGAUUACACCUCAUGCGAAUUUGCGGCUAAUCAGUUUGUAUGGUUGUCUCAGGCUGGCUUCUUGAUACUGGAAAAACGCUUGCACAUAGUUUGAUUACAUGGAGUUGCACAAAACUUGAACAAUUUAAUCAUUCCAGCUAUCA